UCUUUAAAUUUUAAUAUAAGUUUUCUAUGUAUUUUUUAUAUAUAUAAAAAAAAAAAAAAAAUUAAGCAUUGUAUCAUCAUCACAGGCUAAACAACCAACAGUGCCUCUAACUGUCUUUGUUCUCUGUCAUUGUUCACUGAGUCCGCCUAAUUUUGAAUUUCAUAGCGCAUAUGAGGCUCGUCUCUGAUUGGAUAAUCGCGGAAGGAGAGCGGGAGAAGCACGAGUGACGUCAAUAACGAGCGAGCCAGAGAGCUGCAUUUACUAGAGAAAAAAAAACAGGCGCAGCAGAAAUCUUCGGACCACUUUGUUAUUUUAAAAUCAUUUUAAAAGUUUUUAGGACAAAUCUACGAUUUCAACACAAGUUUUUUGGGGGAUCUGCUGCUGUUCAUCCAGAAAAUUGAAAGUUUGCACGGAAGCAUGUCGCCAUCAUGGAAGUCCUGCCACAACUUCAAGCAAUAAACAAACACAUCCUGGAAGAGCACUUGCAGUCCAUUGGAGUCGAGACGUAUGAUGAUCUAAUGUUCAUAACGGAGGCUGAUUUGUUGACUGCAUUAAGACCUGUAGAAGCCAGUAAGCUUCUUUCUGUUUGGAAACAGAAAUACCACACUCCUGAGAACAGCUCACUAUCAUCUGUGGAAGCCUCAUUUACCCAAUUGCUCUCUGUUUCACCCCGAAUUUCCUCGUCAACCUCCUCCACCUGAUAUCUCAGACCAGACAGACGAGAUUACAUUACAAGAGACCGCAGCAAUAUAGGACACUUACCGGUGCAUCUAAUGCCAUGUAAAAUUUGUGCCCAUUUUAGAAACUCAAGAGAGCCAACAGCAAAAGAUGGAAAAACUCCAGGUGAUGUUCCAACGCUCUGAUGCCAAUCCAGAGGAGGUAAAAUGUCUAAUGAAGUCCAUGUUUUACACACAGCGUCAACAUGUCAACCAGGGAAAAAGUAUCAAAUGCCUUAGAGAGGAGUGGCCGUUUUGGUUUGAUGAACUUGGCAUGUCAGUCCACUUCAAGGAACUCACUGGGAUUGACCUCAAAAAGACAUUCACACGAAAUUCACUCAGCUACUUUGAGGAGGAGUCCAUGUUCUUCCAUGUAGAAGAUAGAUUUCUGGCAGAAGAGGUCCAACUGGAGCAAGUGCCUCUGACCCCCGCUGUUAUUGUCUGUGGACAGUCCUGCUAUUCCUCAAAAAGGUACAUGCUGAGUCUGGAUCAGAACCUAAUCAACACAAACAUCUCCUCAUUCAUUUCUGCAUUGUGCCUCAUGUUCAGGAGCUACUGUUUUAAUAUCUAUUAUCCAUCUGAGCUAGCUUCAACUCUGGAGUUUCUUCAAAGGUGUUUUUUCUCAAUAAACCCAGAAAAGGGAACCAAAGUACAGAAUAAAAACUCCAAGCGUCCUCUCAACUUGAACCCUCGAGUCCUCACCCUGAUACAGGAACUCUCCGAUCACGAGUGGCGUUAAGCCUAAAUAUGGACUCUUUCUGUUGACUCUGACUGUUUGUUUGAGAAGAGGUACUGUUUUCACUGUUAAAUCCACAAUGUGUAUUAUGGUUAAGGCACUAUGUAAUUUGUUUUAAACUCUUAAAGGUGCACUGUAACUCUUUCUGGUAGAGGGUCCGUAUGUAUCUUGCAUUUAUUCAAUUAGAACUGUUUUUAAUGCAAAAAUAUACCUUAACAAACCUGCUUUCUUACUAUAAAGGGGCUCGCCUCUCCACAGAUCUGACCUGUAACUUGGCCUAUUGGCAUCACCUGAUUGUCUCUAUGGAAAUAGAUAAGUCUUAUGCCAUACUGUGGAACAUUCCAGACAGGGAGAGUGUGGGUUGUUGUUGUGAAUUGGGUUGUUGUGCGCCUGGCACUUAAACUUGGUUAAAAAAUAACUUUUCAAACUUGCUUUGAAAAAAAAAAAAAUGCAUCCAGUUGUUUACAACUCUUUUGAUGGCUGCUAAAUAAAUUUUGCAAAAGUGA